GUCGUCGCAGCUUUAAGCCCGCGGCUGUGCAAGCCGAGUGGCCUUUCACCUUUGCUAUAGUCGUUGACGGUCUUUUUACGCUUAGGGCUUGCGCUUCAUAUUCCGACAUCAAUCGACAGGCAGGCCCCUGACCGUCAGUCGCUAUGCCCCAACUAGUGGGGCAGAUGGCUCUGCCGGGGGCACAGACUGGUGCCCACGCCGGCGGCGCCGUUCAGCAGCAGCAGAGGGUCUUGCCGCUUCGGGCGGGAAGGACCGUAGCCGCCGGCAUCGCCCGAGGUGUGCCUCGGAGCGCUGUUUCUUCUCGGUCGCGGCCCACCGUUCAGCCUCGUUGGGUUCCUGUGGGCCCUGGCCUUGGCAGCCGGCUCGUCCUUUGCGACGCCCAUAGCGCUGUCCCGGAGCCUGCCGGCUUGUUCAACCCCGAAAACGACCGGGAUGCUUGCGGCGUUGGCUUCGUUGGAGAACUAUCAAAGCAGGCAUCUCGCAAGUGCAUCAAGGAUGCCCUUAUGAUGCUUCAGCGCAUGACGCACCGCGGUGCUUGUGGGUGCGAGGCUAACACUGGUGACGGCGCCGGUAUCCUCGUGGCGAUGCCGGACGGCUUCUUCCAGAGCGUUCUCAUGGAGGAGCAGGGCCUGAAGCUUCCGCCAGCGGGCGCCUACGCGGUGGGCCAGAUGUUCUUGCCGCAGGACGAGCUGGCGCGCCAGAAGGUCAAGGAGAUUGUGGAGGACGUGGCGACGCAGUUUGGCCAUGUCUCGCUCACUUGGCGUCCGGUGCCGACCAACAACCGCUCGCUGGGCAAGUCGGCCCUGAACACCGAGCCGGUCAUCGAGCAGUGGUUCCUGACCUCAACCGGAAACCAUGCUGCGCUCGAGACUGAGCAGCAGUUGUACAUCCUGCGCAAGAUGAUCGAGCACAACCUGCGCGCCAACGGCCUUGGCGAUGACGACGCCUACUUCUGCUCGCUGUCGUCCAAGACCAUCGUCUACAAGGGCCAGCUGACCCCUGAGCAGGUCCGCGUGUACUUCAAGGACCUGCAGCGCGAGGACUUCCGCUCGUACAUGGCCCUUGUGCACUCUCGCUUCUCGACCAACACCUUCCCCAGCUGGGCCCGCGCUCAGCCCAUGCGCAACCUGGGCCACAACGGUGAGAUCAACACCCUGCGCGGCAACGCCAACUGGAUGCGCGCGCGUGAGGGCGCCAUGGCCUGCCUGAAGCUGGGCCUGCCCAAGGAGGUGGUUGAGCAGCUGGAGCCCAUCAUCCCCGCCACCAGCAGCGAUAGCGGCGCUUUCGACAGCGUCCUUGAGCUGCUGACGCGCGGUGGCGGCCGCGACAUGCCCGAGGCCAUGAUGAUGCUCAUCCCGGAGGCCUGGCAGAACGACCCGCUCAUGAGCAAGGAGAAGAAGGCGUUCUACCGCUACCACAGCGCCGUGAUGGAGCCGUGGGAUGGCCCGGCCCUGGUGUCGUUCACGGAUGGCCGCUACCUGGGCGCCACCCUGGACCGCAACGGCCUGCGCCCCGGCCGCUACUACGUGACCAAGGGCGGCCGCGUCAUCAUGGCCAGCGAGGUUGGCGUGGUGGACGUGGACCCCGAGGAGGUGGUCAAGAAGGGCCGUCUGAUGCCCGGCAACAUCCUGCUGGUGGACUUCGACGAGCACCGCCUGGUGGAGGACAAGGAGCUCAAGGAGCGCUACGCCAACCGCAGGCCGUACUCCCGCUGGGUGGAGGAGCACUCCCUCACCAUGCAGCAGCUGACGGCCUCGGUGCCGCCGGAGGCCCGUGUGCCUGCCCCUCUGCCCGGUGUGCAGGCGGUGCUGACCAGCGCCAGCAGCAACGGCAAUGGUAACGGCAACGGCAAGGUUGCGUCCGAGCUGGAUGCUGGUCUGCAGUCGCUGCUGAAGCCCCUCAAGGUGUUCGGCUACACCCGCGAGGGUCUGGAGCUGCUGAUGGCUCCCAUGGCUCGCACCGGCGCUGAGCCGCUGGGCUCCAUGGGCAACGACGCUGCCCUGGCCGCCCUGUCCCGCCGCGCUCGCCUGCCCUUCGAGUACUUCAAGCAGCUGUUCGCGCAGGUGACCAACCCCGCCAUCGACCCCUUCCGUGAGGCGGUGGUGACCUCGCUGCGCUGCUUCAUCGGCCCCGAGGUGGACCUGACGGCCGAGCCCGGCCCCAGCCACUGCGCGCGCCUGGAGCUGCCGCAGCCCGUCAUUGAUGUGGAGGAGAUGGAGGCGCUGAAGAACAUGGACUUCCCCGGCGGCUGGCGCACCAAGGUGCUGGACAGCACCUUCCCCGUCUCCGAGGGUCCCAUGGGCAUGCGCGCUGCUCUGGCCCGCCUGUGCGCCGAGGCCGAGGCUGCCGUGCAGUCUGGCCAGUACGCCCUGGUGUGCCUGUCGGACCGCAAGUACGGCCCCGACCGCGCGCCCGUGCCCUCGCUGCUGGCCGCUGGAGCCGUGCACCACCACCUGGUGCAGCUCAAGCUGCGCAGCAGCGUGGGUCUGCUGGUGGACAGCGGCGAGCCGCGUGAGGUGCACCAGUUCUGCCUGCUGGUGGGCUACGGCGCGGACGCCAUCUGCCCCUACCUGGCCUUCGAGUCGCUGGCUGCCAUGCAGCGCGACGGCAAGCUGCCUGCCGGCGUGGCCCUGAAGGAGCUCAAGGCGCGCUUCGUCAAGGGCGUGGGCGUGGGCAUCCUCAAGACCAUGGCCAAGAUGGGCAUCAGCACGCUGCAGAGCUACAAGGGCGCGCAGAUCUUUGAGGCCCUGGGCCUGGCGCCCGAGGUGGUGGAUGUGUGCUUCCGCGGCACGCCCACCCGCAUUGGCGGCAGCGGCUGGGAGCAGCUGGGCCGCGACACCCUGUCGAUGCACGCCGCGGCCUUUGGCUCCGUGCGCCUGCCCGAGGGCUCGGCGGACGCCAAGGCUGUGCCGCACGCCGGUGACUACCACUGGCGCAACUCGCCCGACGCUGAGCGCCACAUGAACGACCCCGAGGCCAUUGCCAAGCUGCAGGCUGCCACCGCCGGCAACAACGUGGAGCUGUACCGCCAGUUCUCUGAGCUGAACACCAAGCUGUCGCGCGCCUGCCACCUGCGCGGCCUGCUCAAGUUCCGCACGGAGGCUGCUGCCCCCGUGCCGCUGGAGGAGGUUGAGUCCGCCGCCUCCAUCGUCAAGCGCUUUGUGACGGGCGCCAUGUCGUACGGUUCCAUCUCCCUGGAGACCCACACCACCCUGGCGCUGGCCAUGAACACCAUUGGCGGCAAGUCCAACAGCGGUGAGGGUGGCGAGAACCCGCGCCGCCUGGAGCCCCUGUCGGACGGCUCGAAGAACCCCAUCCGCUCCGCCAUCAAGCAGGUCGCCUCUGGCCGCUUCGGUGUCACGGCCUAUUACCUGACCAACGCCGAUGAGCUGCAGAUUAAGAUCUCGCAGGGCGCCAAGCCUGGUGAGGGUGGUGAGCUGCCCGGCGACAAGGUCAAGGGCGACAUUGCCCUGACCCGUGGUUCGACUGCCGGUGUCGGUCUGAUCAGCCCGCCCCCGCACCACGACAUCUACUCGAUUGAGGAUCUGGCGCAGCUCAUCUACGACCUGAAGAGCUCCAACCCCUCCGCUCGCGUCAGCGUGAAGCUGGUGUCCGAGAACGGCGUGGGUGUUGUUGCCAGCGGUGUGGUCAAGGGCCACGCCGACCACGUGCUGAUCAGCGGCCACGAUGGCGGCACCGGUGCUGCCAAGUGGUCGUCCAUCAAGCACGCGGGUCUGCCGUGGGAGCUGGGUCUGGCAGAGGCGCACCAGACGCUGGUGGCCAACGACCUGCGCGGCCGCACGGUGCUGCAGGUCGACGGUCAGCUGCGCACGGGCCGCGAUGUGGCCAUUGCCUGCGCCCUGGGUGCUGAGGAGUUUGGCUUCUCCACCGCCCCGCUCAUCACUCUGGGCUGCAUCAUGAUGCGCAAGUGCCACACCAACACUUGCCCUGUCGGCAUUGCCACCCAGGACCCCGAGCUGCGCGCAAAGUUCGCUGGUGAGCCUGAGCACGUGAUCAACUACUUCUUCAUGGUUGCGGAGGAGGUGCGCGGCAUCCUGUCCUCGCUGGGCCUCCGCAACAUGGACGAGCUGGUGGGCCGCGCCGACCUGCUGGAGACCGACCGCGCCGCCGUUUCGGAGGGCGGUGCCAAGCUGGAGGGCAUCGAUCUGAGCCGCCUGCUCACCCCGGCCGCCUCGCUGCGCCCCGGCGCCUCUCAGCGCUGCAUCCAGAAGCAGGACCACGGCCUGGAUGAGGGCCUGGACGUGCACCUGGUGCCGCUGUGCAAGGCUGCCCUGCCCGAUGAGCCGAACGCCUCGGCGGAGCCGGUCUACAUCGAGAUGGAGGUGCAGAACACUCACCGUGCUGUGGGCACGACGCUGAGCCACGAGGUGACGAAGCGCUUCGGUGACGCCGGUCUGCCGGACGACACCAUCCACAUCAAGCUGACUGGCCACGCCGGUCAGAGUUUGGGCGCCUGGCUGUGCCGCGGUAUCACCCUGGAGCUGGAGGGUGAUGCCAACGACUACGUCGCCAAGGGCCUGAGCGGUGGUGUGGUGGCUGUGUACCCGCCCCGCAUCUCGACCUUCCGCGCCGAGGAUAACGUCAUUGUGGGCAACGUCGCCCUGUACGGCGCUGUGCGCGGCGAGUGCUUCAUCCGCGGUAUCGCCGCUGAGCGCUUCUGCGUGCGCAACUCGGGUGCCCGUGCCGUGGUGGAGGGCGUGGGCGACCACGCUUGCGAGUACAUGACUGGUGGUGUUGCCGUCGUUCUGGGCCCCACGGGCAAGAACUUCGGUGCCGGCAUGAGCGGCGGUAUUGCCUACGUGUACGACCCGUACGACAAGUUCAAGUCGCUGUGCAACGCUGACGUGGCCAACGACCUGCUGCCAGUGGAGUCCACCGAGGACGUGCGCGCCCUCAAGUCGCUCAUCCAGCGCCACCUGAAGUUCACUGGCUCGGACGUGGCUCGCCGCAUCCUGCUCAGCUGGGACCGCUCGCGCGCCCACUUCAAGAAGGUCUACCCGCACGAGUACCGCCGCGCCCUGGAGGAGGCCGAGGCCCUCGCCAAGGCCGAGGCGGCGGAGGCUGCUCUGCUGGCAUCCGCUGACUCGCACGGCCUGGCGCCCAAGGACGCCUUUGAGGAGCUCAAGGCCAUGGCUGCCGCCGCCGUCAAGGCCGGCAAGCCGCCCAAGGCCCUCACCCUGGACAUGAUCCCCACGGCCGACCCGCAGCAGGACAAGCGCCGCCUGAACAAGCUGGCGCGCGAGGGCCUGCCCGUCAAGGGCAUUGCCCCCACCUGGGAGGCCAACCGCCCCACCAUUGUGGAGCCCAAGGCGCCCGCCUCGCCGGUUGUGCCUGCCGGCCCUGCCGCCGACAAGGUCCGUGGCUUCGUGUCGUACGACCGCAAGCCGCUGCCGUACCGCCCUGAGGCCGAGCGCAUCAAGGACUGGGACGAGGUGCAUGACCACUCGGGCACCGCUUCCCACGCCGCGCUGCUGCACACGCAGUCUGCGCGCUGCAUGGAGUGCGGCACGCCCUUCUGCCACACCUCCUCCACGGGCUGCCCGCUGGGCAACAAGAUCCCCGAGUUCAACGACCUAGUGCACAAGGGUCGGUGGCGGGAGGCCCUGGACCGGCUGCUGGAGACCAACAACUUCCCCGAGUUCACGGGCCGCGUCUGCCCCGCUCCUUGCGAGGGCAGCUGCACGCUGGGUAUCAUUGAGCCUGCCGUGUCCAUCAAGUCGAUUGAGGCUACCAUCAUCGACAAGGCCUUCGAGGAGGGCUGGAUGGUGCCCCGCCCGCCCAAGCUCCGCACCGGCCGCCGCGUGGCUGUUGUGGGCAGCGGCCCCGCCGGUCUGGCUGCGGCCGACCAGCUGAACAAGAUGGGCCACGAGGUGACGGUGUACGAGCGCGCCGACCGCGCGGGUGGCCUGAUGAUGUACGGCGUGCCCAACAUGAAGGCCGGCAAGCAGGAGGUCGUGCAGCGCCGCGUGGACCUGAUGGCGGCGGAGGGCGUGAAGUUCGUGAUGAACGCUGCCGUGGGCGGCAACGUGGCUGCGGAGGACCUGAUGGCUGGCCACGAUGCCGUGGUGCUGGCUGCCGGUGCCACCAAGCCCCGUGACCUGCCUGUCCAAGGGCGCGAGCUGUCGGGUGUGCACUUCGCCAUGGACUUCCUGACCGCUAACACGCGCUCGCUGCUUGACAGCGGCCUGAAGGACGGCAAGUACAUCAGCGCUGCCGGCAAGAAGGUCGUCGUGAUUGGCGGCGGUGACACCGGCACGGACUGCAUUGCCACCUCGCUGCGCCACGGCGCCACCAGCAUCAUCAACCUGGAGCUGCUGGACAAGCCGCCCGCCACGCGCGCCAAGAACAACCCCUGGCCGCAGUGGCCGCGCAUCUUCCGCGUGGACUACGGCCACGCCGAGGCUUCCCUGGUGUACGGCCAGGACCCGCGCACGUACAACGUGAUGACGAAGCGCUUCAUCGGCGACGACAACGGCAACCUCAAGGGUGUCGAGAUCGUCGAGGUCAAGAUGGAGAAGGACGCCGCCACGGGCCAGUUCCGGCCUGUUGAGCAGCCCGGCACCGCACGUGUGCUGGAGGCCGACAUGGUGCUGCUGGCCAUGGGCUUCACCGGGCCCGAGGAGCGCCUGGCGGCCUCGCUGGGCGUGGAGACGGACGGACGCAGCAACUUCAAGGCCGCGUUCGGCGACUUUGCCACCAGCAUCCCCGGCGUCUUCGCGGCUGGUGACUGCCGCCGUGGCCAGUCGCUGGUGGUGUGGGCUAUCCGCGAGGGCCGCGAUGCUGCCGCUGCCGUUGACAGGUACCUGACGAAGCAGGCGGGCGACAACCUGCUUGGGCAACCGCUGGAGGUGCAGGGCGGCAUCUUCGAUGUGUCCGGAGCCCCCAUGUCGAACGUGGCUGCCGAGCGGCCCCCGGUUGCCGUAUAAGGUGCUGUGCGUCUGACUCGGUCCGUCAUGUGCAUCGAUGGGUAGCUUAUUGGUGGAGAAAUAAUUUGUGGAUAACAGUGAUAAGGUCGUAGGUCGUUGUGCUUGGUUUAGUUCGCGAUUCCACAGUAUGGUGGGCAUGAGGUGGGUUUCGGUAUUGUGGCUGUCUGGGCUUUGGGGACCAGGUUAGAACUGUUCAGAACACACGUUUGUCGUUUAGGGGAGAGUGAUGCCUUUGGCUAAACUCCCACAUCAACACUUAUUGUUUGGCGCUUGUGGCUGCGCCUAUUUGACGUUUCUUGGUCUUGGUGCUUUCGCUUUGACCUUGUUGGUUAGCUACUGUUAAGAAGCACGAGCUACCAAUUGGGGCUUGCAUGCUGAGAGCGGGCCUGCCGGUGGGAUAAAGUGUGCAGGUGUUUUGCCUUUUGGGGUCCAACAAUGCGCCAGCUUCCCGGGCCUAAAGAGGGUGCGGGAUGGCAGAUUCAAAGCGUAUUAGGGGCUGACGGUUAAUGCUGAGUUGUGGUGGCUGCGCGUGUGCCGCGAGGUCGUGUGGUCAGUUUUGAGUCGCGUGUCGUAGUCACGGCCUCAGAUCUAUAGAUAGAGACGAGAUGCCGGUGGCCCCGCUGCAAUAGAGGGAGAGGGGACCUAUGCGGGGCGUAUUAUGGAACGACUGCGUGGUACCGGGGGAUCCAUGGCAGUGGAACAGACAGAGCUGCC